AUGCACUAUGUAACCUAUAAAGUACUAGUAUAUAGCAAGCAGCCGUUAGACGCCGACGUCAUAUCUUAUUUACUAUACAACACCAACAAUAUGGUAAAUGAGUUACAAACAAAAUUUCUCAAAUAUCUUGCAAUAUUUGGCCUAGUGCCAUAUAUAAAUAGCAGUAAACAUCAUUAUCAUCAUAUUCAUCAUUAUAAUAGACCUCUACGUUGGCAACAAAUUUACACUGUGACGUUAAUUGUUGCCAAUUUGAUGGCAACCUUGUACGGUGUAAUAUUUUUCCCCUUCAAAGAUAAUUUAAUAGUAUCGAAUCUUGUCAGUAUUAUGGUGUUUUGUGUUCAAAUUCUAGUUGUGAUCUCAAUAUUACUGGAGACAAUGUUUACAUAUGGCAAAUAUUAUGAAUUAAUAAACAAUUACAAUAGAGUUCAGAAUUUAAUGAAAUACCUAUUACAUAUACAACUCAAUUCAGCGGAGAUCCGUCAGCGUCAAAGGCGUAAAUAUAUAUUUUUGAUAUCAACCGUACAUGGCAGUUUGGUAGUGUCUAUAACAGUAAUAGCGGUUAAAACUUAUAAUGGUUACUUUUGGUAUGCCCUAAUGGCCAUUAUUAUUUUGAGAACACGUAUUAUACAAAUGAUCUACUUUAUAGAUUAUAUAGUCUACUAUAUGGAGUUGUUUAAUAUGAAAUUGAGGGCCUUGAUUUCUUGUAAGAUCGAUAAAAAUUAUCUUUUAUUGGAUAUUGAUUAUGAUCAUUUGGAGUCAUUUGAAUAUUUGCAAAUUUUGAAAAAUAUUUAUCAAGAAUUGUAUGCUUUGCAUGAUCGUUUCAAUGAUCUUUAUGGCCACUCAUUGGCCAGCAUAUAUACGGUGGUGGUCUUGGAUAUUAUUAUCAAUAUGUAUUGGACCUUUUUAACCGUAUUCGAAUAUUAUGAAUCGUAUUAUAAUUAUAUAACUUGUUCAACGCUGGUACCUUUAUAUGUCAUCUUAUUUGUAAUGUGUUAUACGGCUGAACAGUGUGAGAUACAGGUAGGUAAAGGGACUUAUCUGACUACAGCUAUAGACUAUAUUGUAGGCUAUAAUUUAGUAGUAUAUUCUAAGCUAUAG